AUGUAUUUACUAAUAAUAACAACUAUUGCUAUAAUUAAUGUGCCAAAUGCUCAGUGCCUGUUAUUAGAUAUAUUAGAUGGAAGGGUAGUUGGAGGCGAAAAAGCCAGAAUUGCUGAAUUUCCACAUCAAAUUUCUUUACGUUAUAAUAAAAAGCAUACUUGUGGAGGAUCUAUUAUCGACGCUUAUUAUAUUUUAACAGCAGCGCAUUGUGUUUAUGGAAGAAACAGGCCUAAAAAAUUUACUGUUGUGGCCGGAUCAAGUUUUCUAUAUAAAGGAGGUAAUCAUCAUGAAGUAGAAUCUAUCGUUUAUCCUAAAAGAUACACUCCCAGAUCGCUAAACCACGAUGUUGCUGUUAUUAAGUUGAAAAAAGCGAUCGUUUUUGGAAAAUACCAGCAACCGAUAGCUUUGACCAUGAGAGAUACGCCUAAAGGUUUGAUGGCAAAAUUCUCUGGAUGGGGGCUCAUGUCGACUAAGAUGUCUAUUGUAUAA